CGAAGUACAAAAAAAGGACCAUCACUGAGAAAACGUGUGAUUUCGUUUGCACUUGGACGUUUCCUAUGCCUGCUUUCUGGCUGUAUGUAUUCGGUCAAACCUUCUUGACAGUUAUCCCCAAACACUGAUUCAAGAAAUGGAAUACCUUGCCAUAGACAGUAGUCUUGUUGAGACUGUUCAACUUAAAUCUGAAGAACCAGAAUCGGAGCUCACCAUCGAAGACUUCCUGGAGUUUUCCACGGCAGAAUUGAAAUUCUUCUUACUUAAUCUCGGGGACUCGAUUGUUGGCCGUAGAGCUGAACUGGUGGAACGUGCUUUACUUGCUCAAAAUCGGAAGAAUAAUGCAGGACCCAGCGAGCCUAAGAAAUUCAAGAUCGAGCAGGAGCAGAGCAAGGGAGAGUAUACUGCCAUCUUGGAGGAGUAUGGUCUGACAGAUCCUGAUGUCCUCAAUGCCUGGAGUGUUGAUAUCUCAGCUCUACCAAUCCUAGAUGUUGGAAAGAUCUUCCACUACAUCCUAACCAAGGAAGCGUUUGACACGUACUACUUGGGCGACUAUAAAACCAAAAAAGCAUACCAGUACUUGGAAUCUGUCUGCGUUCGAAGUAUCAAAGUUCAGAGUUCGACAGAUUUCAUCUUUGUGAGGGGGUCUGUUGCUCAGCUGAAUGCAGGCGGAGAUGGAUAUGAUGCAAAGAAACCUGCCAAUAUUAGCAAGAUUUUAAUGACAUCAGAUGGGGACAUUGUUGUGUCUUGUUGCACAUGCACAGAUGACUUGUACCAGUGCUGUAAUCAUGUGAUAGCUGUUCUGUUUCGUGUAGAGCGUCUUGUCAGAGAGAUGGACUCAACGGACAGUCAGACAAGCACCCGCAAAUCUAAAGACGACCAAGAUGAAAGCGUUAGACCUGUCAAGAUCACAGAUCUAUUCAAGAAGAAAGACAUAUUUGCCCAGUCCCUGUUGGGGAAGAUUCCAAAGCCAUCUGCUGAAGAGAAGAGGAAGUUCAUGGAGAAGAUUUGUAGGACAGCCCCGAAUAGCUUGUUUGCUCAGAUGUUCAGAGGGGCCAUCGAUGCAGGGCAGAACCUUACAGCUGGUCAGCAGCCAGAGCAGCAUAACACUGUUACAGUCCGGAUGAGAGAUGGCAAGCAAACAAUCCUGGUUGUUGGGAAGAAGCCAGAUACACCAGGGGCAAAUGUAGCGUCUGGUGGACAGGGUGCACAGAGGUCAGGGCAGAACCUUACAGUGGGUCAGCCGGUAGAGAAACAAAACAUGCUUUCAGUCCGGACGAAGGAAGGGAGGCAAACAAUCAUGGUUGUUGGGAAGGGGCCAGCUUCUGGUGGGCAGGGUGCACAGAGGUCAAAUGUUGUAGGUGGUCAGACAUCGGUCAUGGCCGGCCCACCAAGUACAGUAGGUAAACAGGCAUCAAACAUGCCAGUACAAGGAGUGACCCCAGCGCAGAUGGUAGCUGUACCUGUGUCAGGCAAUCAGGUUGCAGCAUGCAGUGCAGCAGGCAUGCAAGUGCUAUCAGCUGGACAGGUGGCAGGAUUAAAGACAGUUCCAACAGGCCUGUUCAUGGUAGGUGGUAAGGCAGUGGUAGGUGCCCCGACAUUAACAGGAGGUCAAGCACAGGUUGUGGCAGGCAGACAGGCUGUUAUGGUUGCACAGGCUGCGGGAGGCACACAGGCUGUUACUGGUUCACAUGCUGUAGGGGGCAUACAGGCAGUUACUGGUUCACAGGCUGUGGGAGGCCUACCUGCAGUUACUUCUUCACAGGCAGUUACUGGUUCACAGGCAGUUACUGGUGCACAGUCAGUUACUUCUUCACUGGCAGUUACUGGUUCACAGGCUGUGGGAGGCAUACAGGCAGUUACUGGUUCACAUGCCAUUGGAGGUGCAAAGUUGGUGACAGAAGGGGAACCUAUGGAUGAGGGACAUGCAGAGGUGGUAACUGGUGAAGUGGAAAGCCCAGCUGCUGUCUGAAGGUGAAAACCAAUAACAUUGUUGGGGUUUGGAUGAUUAUUGUUUCGCCAUGUUGCUUGUUUCAAUCGUCUUCAAAUGGCUCAAUCAAGAGACAUGCAGUGCAUGUAAAAUCAUUGUUGGUUCUAGACUUGUAUUUUUAGAGACGAAUGCUUUUCUAGUUUAACAUACUUUCUUUUGUACAAAAAGGUGCUUUACUAAAACCAACAAUCUGCCUGACAAUAAAUACUAAAUAGUAAACAUGCGGGUACAACCAUGUAUGUUCUUUUGAGGGAAUGUUGGCUCUGAAAAGAGCCGGUUUGGUCUUGAUGUUUCUAACAGUAUACUCUGCUCCUCGUCAGGAGAACGAAGACGAGCAGAGGCAGAGUAAACUGUUCUAAAUGUCCUUGGAGACCACACAGGCUCUUUUCAGGGCCAACACUCCUUAAAAAGAGAGAUUUUAUACAUGGUUGUGAUGCAAGUUUACUAUUUAGUAUUUAUAGUUACUUCUUAUUCUUCACAUCAGGUAAAGCUACAAACACCAUUUAAAGGCAGAGGACACCAUUGGUAUUUGUCAAAGACUAGCAUUCACAGUUGGUUUAUCCCAACA